UAUAUACUGUGUAACUUAUGCCAUGACCGCCACAACUGGGAUUGUCUCAUUUAUAUGUCUGACUUUCAUGUAUAACUUUGUUCAGUUGAAUGCAAAGAUCGACUAAGAUGAGCAACCUUCUAAUUCUUUUGUCUGUUGACAUUUACAUACUGAAGUGCAUGGCACUGUCUUUGCUAUGUUGUUAGUCAUGUCAAGCUUGUUACAUUCUCGUACGUCUUGGACCCCGAUAUAUCGUGCUGUGUUGGCAGUAAAAUAUAGGAAGGCUGACUCAAGAGUUGUGUCGACUGGUCGCAUCGGCUGGAUAUCUUCUUCUCAAGACUCGAGGUAAAAUAGUCUAAUUCCUUAGGAGACUAGAAAAUAACUAAACACCAGCCAUGCUUUCAACGGUCGGGGCAGCAAAACAUAAGGAAAGGUUGUUUACAGGCCUUAGUGAUUUGAGCACUGACUACAAUUUUCAACUCUUCGAUUAGUUGCAGCGCAAAUCGUGUGUAAUUUUUUUUACAUCGUUAAAUAAAAUAUCGUGAGCCUCUUUUAUCGUAUAUAAGCUCGGAUAACAAUGGGGAAUAAGUGCCAUAUUCAAGUGACCUUGGUGGGGUCAGCAAACGUUUACUGGCCUUAUUGAAUUGAAUAUUGACUACACUAUUGGCUACAUUUACUGCAUUCGAACAACUUUGCUGUAUGUAAGGUCGAACUGCUAAAGGGUUGCAAAUGGUUAUGUAUAAAUAUGGUUACAGACCCGGUCACUUAGUGGCGCUAAGUGAGUGCAUUUCGUUUUUGGUUCCGCAAGACUAACUGACCUAUCCAGCUGAAUAGUUCACAAAAAAAUUAUUUGAGCGAUUAAAUAUCCAGGAGAUUGAAAAUAGAAAAAAGAUCACCCGCAGACAAAUCUAAAGCUGCGAGGCGGCUUGACAUCAGCUCACUUAGGCCCCAUUUCUAUGACCAGAGCCCGUGUGUUUUAGGUCAGCGGAGACUAUAUGUGAAAGAAACCACUGUUUAGUUCUGCCUGGUUUCUUCCAAUGCGCUACAUGAUUUCGCCCUCAGUGCUUUUCCCUUUAAGAACGAAAGUCUCUAGGAAAGGUAAAAAUUUGGAAUAGGCCUGAAUUAUGAGGUCUGUUGCUUAUGCAUCCGUCUUUAUCGUAUUCUUGCAUUGUAGUAAAAAAAAGCUAAGUAAACAACUGAAAGACGAUGCUGAGGCUGUUAUUAUCGGCGGGGGAGUCCUGGGCACGAGUAUUGCCUAUCACUUGGCCAAAGCUGGAAUGAAAGAUGUGAUCUUAUUAGAGAAGUCAGAACUCACAGCUGGCUCAACUUGGCACUCGGUAAUGCUUUACAGUAAACGAAAAUGCCAUUUGUAAGCAUUAAGUUCUCAAGAUGGAUGGUAAGGACAAUUUAUUGAUGUAAAAAAGGAAAUGCACAAAAAAAGAUGUAUGGAUAAGGAUAAUCUUAAAGAACUGGAUUGCUAAAAAGAGAGAUGUUGACACGACUGAUUUAUCGUUAUUUAAUUAAGAAUUCGGUUGCCAAUACGAGAGGCUUUGUCGUCUUCAGCUAGAGGCGAUAUUUCAAGCUAUUGUAAAGGAGUUUAUGUACUACGCUGUCGAGAAAAGCAACAUAAUGAGACGUUUCUCUCAAACACCCUUUAUCCUUUUUUCCAGGUCGGUGUUACGUCUCACUAUAAUCCAGUGGUGAACAUGAAGCCUCUAACUCAUUACAGCAUGUCCUUGUACAAACAGCUUGGACAGGAAACUGGACAGGUCAGACUGAUCAUAAGGACAAUUUAAAUAAUGUUACUUUAGAGUUAAAGCUGACAUAGAAAGAAGACAUAGCAGAGAGACGGAAUUCUCCACAGAGCCCAUAUCCCGAAGAUAAUCUGUCUUGGCUUAGCUUAUGACUUAUCACAAUAGUCUCGCAAGAAUAGUAUUAUGAGUAUCCAGUGUGUUACUUCAAGGUUUUGUUAACGAACGUCGCAUGAGAACCUGGGAAAAAUUAGCGACCUGCAGGUAGUCAUUUCUAGAUUCCUCUGGGAUCUGCGGGAACCGAAAAGGUCGAGAAGAUUUGAAUAUAUCCUAAGGAAAAUUAACGUAGGAAGAAGGUCUAACGGGGAACACAGGUUCUUAGGCACGAUCUUCUCUUUCUUCAGUGCAGCAGAUGAUUGUGUUGUCCCGUUCGUAAUUCAGUCCCCUUUCAUUCCCAUAGCAUAUGUCACGGCUGAAAAGCAAAGCAACACUUACCCAUUUAAGCAAUGCUCAGUGAAAUUGAAAAAGAGGUAUAGGUUGCACAAAAUAUAAUCAAAAGUAUAUUUAUUAUAUAUCCCUUCCCACCUGAAAUGAAUUUUUAUAGAGUAAAUUUUGCAAAGUACUGCCAUGAUAUGGAAAGAUGAAUUAACGGCUAUGUCAUCGUAACUUCUAACUUACUGCUAGUUUAAGACUAAGUUAGCCUUUUGGAAUAAGUCUUUUAAACCCUCUAACUCCCAAGAUCUCAUUAGAAAUUCUUCUUACUUUCUACCUAUAGUUCUUGUGAUGUUAGUUUGGAGAAUUUGGUAUUGGAUCAACUUAUUGUCCCCUAUUUUAUAUUUUUUUUUAUUCUCAUCACUUAUCUGCUUGAUAUUGUGUUGAUAUUGUAAGGAGAAAUUUUUUCUUGGUCACUCAUGGGAGUUAAAGGGCUAAAAGAGAGCUAGUUGGUAACGUCAUCGAUUCCGGCGCUCCUUCCGGCUGUCUUCUCGGGAAGCAGUUAUGAGCGCUGCUUUUUCUUCCGGACGCCGGGAUAUUAGUGUUUCACAGAUCUGCAAUUCCCAGUAUUUUAAAGAGCCUACCUAAUUUUCACUUUUAUUAAUUUCAGUGGUUAAAGACGCAAUGAGAUUAAACUGCCUUAGCUUAGACAAACGCAAAUGACUGGGCCGACCAUACAGACACUACUUCUCUCGCUACUAAAUUUAAAUUCUUAGGCCGCAUUAUAAUCUUAAACGCAUCCAUAUACAGGACGUCGGGUUUCACAUGUGCGGCAGCAUUAGGAUUUGUACAACGCCCGAGAGACUAGAAGAGGCAAAGUAUCAGAUGCAAAGGCACGGUUGGAUGAAGGCACCACAAAGAUUAAUUACGACAGAGGAAGUAGCCCGAUUGCAUCCUCUUCUGUAUGUAGAUGACGUCCUGGGAGCUUUGUACUUCCCUGGUGUGUAUUAAAGUCGCGAAAAUGUAACAAUGGCUAGGAGAGGUUGAACACCGUUUCUUGCUUCUGAUAAUUAAAAACACGCUAGAGAAUGGAAAUUAAGAAAAAUACAAUCGGAAACAAAAAAUUUCCAGCAAGGCUAUUCAGGGAGCAGUCAUCUUUUUCUCCCCUGGAGGGUAGGAGGAUUUUGAUUGAGUCAUGAUAAAGUUUACCCGAUCCCCCCCGUGAGGCUCUGUAAAAUUCUUAUGACUUCGCCUCCCCCCCCCAAUUGGCGGUUAAUUGACGUUCAAAUCUCUAUAGUUCCCGCUCCGUGCCCUCUGAAACUAUGUGAUCACACCAACGUCUUCCGCCCCCCUCUUUCCCUUCCCCUUCCUGGUCUCCUUUCAUACAUUUUUCUGUCACAUACAUUGACUGUCCGAUAAUAAUUAGCUGUGUUUGCAAAGAUACAUCUUGCGUAUGAAUUUGAUUAAAGAUAAAAAGAUCGCAAAUUUACCUUUCAGAGGAUGGCUACAUUGAUCCAUAUUCCUUGACACAGGCCCUCGCGAAAGGGGCGCGGAUGUACGGGGCCGAGAUAUACAUGCCAGCUCCAGUCACUGGGCUAAACUUCAGAUCUGAUGGACGAUGGGAUGUGAAAACACCACACGGCACAAUUAGAGCUAAACAUGUUGUUAAUGCAGCUGGUAAUUAUAUGUUGAUGCGUGCAUUGCAUGAACAUUUUGGGGUAAUCUGUUUUCUUUGACGUUAAUAGUCGCCUGAGAUAUUGCGUUCUUAACCUCUAAGUCCCACAAGUAACCUAGACAGAAUUUCUCCUUACACUAUCAGUACGUUAUCAAGGAGACAGGUAAUGAGAAAAAGAAAAAUAUCAAUUAAGGGAUUAUUAGUUGAUUCAAUUCCAGAUUCUCCAAACUAGCAUCGUAUGAAUUGUAUGACAGACAGUAAAGAGAAUUACCAAUGAAAUCUUGGGAUUUGAAGGGUUAAGCGACAUCGUCUUUUUGUUUCGAGGUUUUUGGGGCAGAGAGAUUGGUCGCAUGGUAGGAACUGAACUUCCUUUGGGUGUGGUUCAUCACCAGUUUCUUGUAACGGGGCCUAUCCCUGAAGUGGCAAGUUUAAAGAGGGAGCUUCCUUUUAUGAGGGACCUGGAGGGUUCAACCUACACUCGUCAGGAAAAGCAAGGCAUUUUGUUUGGUUCUUAUGAAAGCGCAGACAAAAUGAAAAUGGAAGAAGGAUGGUGAGAAUCAAACACGUCAGCUCAUUUUUAUUCUUAUAAUCAUCUAAAAUUCGAUCCUGAGAAAAACUAUCGCAAUUCAAGCUAUUUAGCAACUUUUAAAAGUCCUCAAUUGGGACCUUAACCACCACGAAUCGUGUUUACCUUUUGUGAGGUGACGACAUAUUUGUUAGUGUAAGAUUAAAACCAACUGGAAUCAGUGUUGUCAUAUUUCCUUCUAAUCAGGGAUAAAUACUGAAUAGCUCAAGUGUAACUCAGAGUAAAUGUCAUUUGGCUUCGAGAAAUGUAAUUGUUUGUCUGAAUUAUCUAUAAAACUUGUUAACUGUUAACUAUCAACAUGGGCGAAUGAAAUUCAAUUUCGGAAUAUCAACAGGCAUCAUUUGUUUGUGUUUUCAGGCAAGCGAUGGAAAUUACGAGGUGCGCGCGAGUCGAACACGAAAAUAGGGGAAGGAGAGCAUGAAAGUUGAAUUACACUGUGAAAGCGCCGAAUGGUGUUUCUUUUGCGCUGCAUCCCCUGCGAAUGCCUCGCUCCGCGCGCUCGCCUCGUGUUCCCUCCGCCUGCCUGAAAAUGCAUAACAUAUAAUGACGCUUCUUCUACAGGGUUACGAGAAAAUGGCAUGCUGUUUUUUAUUUUGUUUUUUUUUCUUUAAGGUGGGACUGUGUCCCUGAGGGAUUUGGAAAGGAGUUAUUUGAAAGUGAUGUAGACAACAUCAGUGAUUACAUAACCAACUCAAUGAAGAGAACACCAGUGCUUGCCAAUGCUGAAAUAACAAGUACUGUUUCAGGACCUAUAACUUACGCACCAGACGCUAUUCCCUUACUUGGUCCCGAUGCAAAGGUACCUAACAUGUGGCUAGCUCUCGGGACAGGUUACGGGAUCGGUCUCGCAGGUAAAUGACGAUCGGCAAACGAGAUGAAACAAAAUAAAGUAACAACUCUAUGUAAAACAUUAUUACGCCGUUCAAAAUCAUCAGAGCUCUUUUUUCAAAGAAAAACCUCGAUUUUAUUAUAUGUUGCCUUUAUUUUAAUUACAAAGCAGAAACAAACCAUAUGGAUUGAAAUCAUGAAGCUAAAACUCAGGGAAAUGACUUGUUUAGCGGCAGCGUAAAGUGCAUUUGCAUUGAAACCUACAGCUGUCUAUAGUCAUUAUUGAGGCUUAUUAUUGUGUAACUAUUAUAGUCUAACCUGAUGGUUAUCAACUUAAAUUGUGCAGCCUGCGCAUGCGUGAGCCAGUCCCUUAAACUUCGUGUUUUGAUUUUAUUUUCAUUUCCUAUGUCUUCGUUGCAUUCUUCUUUCCUCAGGUGGGAUCGGUAAAUAUCUCUCUGAUUGGAUGAUUGAUGGAGAACCGCCGUUCGACCUUAUUGAAUGUGAGCCUGGUCGCUAUGGAAACUGGGCCUCCAGGGAAUACGUAUUAGCAAAGUGUCGAGAGACGUACGGUUUGAAUAAUCAGAUAAUGCAUCCUAAGUUAGAGAGGUGGGCUGGGCGCCCUGUGAGGACUAAUGGGAUAUAUAAGGUAACUGAAAUUUGACCAGAAAUUACCUAGCCUUUGUGGAUAGCGGUGUUAGACCUUGCGAGAGAGAUAGACUGUUUACAGGAAACUAGAGGAUGGAAAUAUGAGAAGACUCGAAACUGAAAUUGUCGAGGAUCUUUUUGAAAAACAUUUUAGAGACAUUUUAAGAAAUUUUGAAUUUCCCAAAAAUGUAAAAAAGAGUACUUGUUGUUUUACGAAGGUGAUUGAUGAUGGUAGGAACCAAGUGGAGUCCAAUUCGAUCUUUAAUCAUACAGAGAUUGACAAAAUCGGACGACCGCGAAAUGGGAGUCCGAUUUGUUAAUUACGAGUAUGAUUACAGACAGAAUUGGACGCCAAUAAGUCUUGUUACCUAUUAACCAUAGCCAUUUCAAUUUCCGAAAAAACAAAUACACCUAGAACAGAUGUCUCCAGUGGAGACAAUGUCUAUAGUUAAAAAUUCCUCCAUUUUGGAAAUUCCUCAGUUUUUCUUUGGAUAAGUGGUUGUUGCUAUGGUUAUUUGAUUAUUUCUUUGAUUGGUGGAUUCGCUGAGUGGACUUAGCAUGAUUGGCUGUUUCAACUGUCCGAUUACAGGUGUCCGAUUACAGCCAACUGUCCGAUUACAACUGUACUGAAUGAUAAGUGUAAAUGAAGCUGCGAAUGCACCAAUCAUAUUUGAGGAAUUUGUAAUGGUUAUGAUUAACUUUGGUAUACAAAUGACGCCCUCUCUGAUAGCAAUAUUGGAGUAUUUUCGCCUUUGCAAUCAUGUCACAAAGUGUAUACUGACAAAACUGAGAUUAUAAAUAUACGGUAACGAGAUAUUAUUUGUAAGAGCAAUGUCAAAGCAUAUACGUCUUGUACAGUAUGUUCUUUGCAUUGAUUCCUUAUUUAUCUCCUCAGAGACUUUGCGAGCGAGGAGCGCAGAUGGGACAACGUGCUGGCUGGGAGCAACCAAACUGGUUUGCGCACUCGGGGGAUGAGCCUGGGUUCAAGCCCAGUUUUCGAAGAACAAACUGGUUUGAGCCGGUUGGACGGGAAUGUGACUUGGUGCUGAGUAAAGUCGGUAUCAUAGACCUAACUCCUUAUGGGAAAUUUGAGGUCAAAGGAAGAGAUGCAGCUGACUUCUUGGAUAGGGUUUUUUCUAAUGAAUUGCCGAAAGUGAGUAUCGUUAUAUUAUAAAAUGUUAGGGCAUUAGAAUUAUUUUUUGACAAGGGGUCACCUUUUUUUGUCAAAAUGAACGUUUACUUAACCAAGAAUCAAAGAAUCAAACGUAUCCUCCAAACAUUAAGACUGACCAAUCACUAGUGACGAAUGCUACUUGAACCUUACAGACCAUUCCGUCCUGAUAGAACUGACCAGUUAAUGAUUCUCACCCAUAUUGUCGGAAUAUCAGUCACUAUUACUGAAUGCAUUACUUUCAGAACUAACCUUUCCUAGAAGAUCAAAUCAUUCGAUCCGUCAAUUUCUUUCUGUUCAGCUUUCAUCAUGUAUAAGUUUCUUAAUUUUCUUAACUGACGAUGUGUGUUCCGUUGUGGAAAUAUAUCGAUGGCAAUUUAAUAGUCUCAAACCAUAGUUUUCCUUCUAAACGAAGGUAAGUUAAGUUGAGUUAUGUCCUAUCUGCGCUUGUUAUAAUGCGCUCUUUGCUUUAAGGUGGGGUGCUCAAACAUAAACCACAUGCUGACACCAAAAGGUAAAGUUUACGCGGAAAUGACCGUCACCUGCUUGGCGUCGGAUCGUUAUCUUUUGGUCACGAGAAGCAAUACAGAGUUUCAUGAUCUCAGGUACUUUUGCAACCACAUGGUUAUCCUUCACUUAGAGAAUUUGAUCAGCGAAAAUGGAUUUCAUUUUUGUAUAUCUCAGGGAAGAGUCUGAGAAAUAGAUAAGUUAAACAAAAGUUGGAUUUUAGCAGUGACACAUCCGCGAGGUUUGGUUCAUGGUCCCGUGUUUCCAAGGUGGAUGAAUAUUUCUGAGGGUUGAAUACUGCAGAGAAAGAAGAGUCAAAAGAAAAACUCAAACGUGACGCCAGGCCUGGGAACCGACCUUGAGCCUUCGCGUCAUCUCUGCAUCUCCGCUAUCUCUGCUUUCCCAAUGUUAAAAUUUUUUUAAGUUAAAAUUUUCAUUCACCCCCAAAAGCACCUAAAGGAGAAUGCGCUGAUUUCUGUGGGUGUGGCAGAGAGGGAAGGAAGAGUCGUGAGGCUGACUUUACCCCUCUUUGUGCUCAUUUCAUGUGCACAAAGGAAGCAGGAGGAAGUGCAGAUAACUUGGAGUUACCUUCAGUGCCGUUGGCCUGAAUACAACCAUUUACCAUCUUUUGUAUUAUAUUUAUUCCUGUGUUCCCUUUGAUUAUCAUUCACACAAUGAAAAUAACUUGGUAGCUGUGCUAACACUAAGCUGUUUUUGCACAGAUGGUUGUUGGCAAAUCAACGCAAAAAUAAUUAUGAUAUCGUCAUCACGAAUAUCACUGAUGACGUGGCCUGCCUGGGCAUCGCGGGGCCUCGUUCACGCGACGUUCUAUCAAAGAUGACAUCAUCAAACCUAAGCGAUGAAAGAUUUCCAUACUUGGCAUAUCACAACUUAGAGCUUGAAGGAAUCCCCGUGCAGGCUAGUCGAUUUUCUUUAACAGGUACAUUAUUUUAAAAUUUUUCUCGUUCUCUUACAACUUUCCCUUAGGAAAGGUGUGAGCACAAGUUGAAAGGUAUGAUGUACUUAAGUUUGAGGGGAAAAUGCUGGUUUUGUAUAGCCGGGCUCGGCCUAUGAUUUUGUCUUUAAAUUAUUCAUUCAUGAGUUUACUUAUUUCUAGGUCGAUGCCUCUACGACUGCCUUAACUGUUUUAUGCCAAUUGAGCUAUUUAUUCACCUGACCACAUUUGAAACUUUUGGUAUAUAGCGCUUAAAGUUUUGAGGGCAAUGAAUUUACAUUUUUGAAAGCUGUUAAGAUGAGGAGUUAACCUAUCAUGAUUAAUAAAUAUUCCAUCAGUAAGUCGUUUUAAGGCUGCUUCAAAAUUUACUUUUACGUUUUAUCCAAGGUGAGUUGGGAUGGGAGUUAUUUCAUAUGAAGGAACACACAGCAGAUUUGUACGAGGCUCUGUUAGCAGCUGGUGAGGAUCACGGCAUUGGAGACUUUGGCACGUACGCCUUAAAUUCCCUCAGACUGGAGAAAGGGUUCCGCCUAUGGGGCUUUGAGGUAUUGCAAAACGUAGCUUAACCUUACGAUGUAAAUGCAGCUAUACUCUAACACCAUUUACUCUUUCCCUCUUUAUGCGCCAAAGGAGAAGGAGAGAAUAAAAGUUGGCAGCAUAAGUUUUCUUUGGUUUCCUCCGGCACGCCCUGUUUCGUCACGCUAAAGGUUUCAGUCACAUUCUCUGCCUUCAUUAUUACUUUUAUCGAAGAACGUUCCAGUAAUCCUUGCAGGCUUUUAUGCGGCAUUUUUUAAACAGCUAUUGCAAUUUUCUUCGCAGAUGAAUACUUCAACUACCGCCGUUGAAGCAGAUUUAAUGUCGUUUAUAAAGUUAGACAAGGUAAGGUUUUUAUCAUUAGAAAGGCUGAUCACAUUCAGAGGCAUUCUACCGAAUUCCUGACUUAUUCAUGCAUUUGCAUAGGGUGUUGAAUUCAUUGGACGAGAAGCUCUCCUUAAAUUGAAAAGAGAUGACUGUGAGCGUGUCUUAUGUUUCAUGACGGUGGAUACAACUGAUGUGGACCCCGAGGGAAACGAAACUGUUUGGAAUGGCAAAAAAGUGAGUAUGACGACGGAAGAAUCGUCGUUUACAUUUGCUUCUGUCAUUGGCUAAGAUAGACUUGAUGAUAACUUAUUUUUUUCUGCUAUCAAUUCCAACAGGUUGUAGGAUUUACCUCAAGUGGUUCCUACAGCUAUCAGCUUAACAAGAGUAUAUGUUUCGCCUAUCUACCUCCUCCUUUAACUGAUCUGGGCUCUCGAGUAGAAGUGGAAAUGUUGGGAAGCAGAUAUCCUGGAGUUGUUGUGAAAUACCCAUUGUUUGAUGCAGAACCGUUCGCGUGAAAGAGACGUACGGAGAAAAAAAGAGAUAUCCGGUCCCUUACAUUCUAGGAAACAAAGGCGGUAGCGUUGGAUCUCAUUACAGCACGUAAUAGGUUCUGCCUUCUCUCGAAAGUGACGAUGAGGCAUUGCUACUCGACGAAACUAGUAAUUGGCAGCCUAGGUCUGUGGAAAAUGAAGAUUAAUUAGAAAAUGAAUUAAAGAAUUGAUGAAUACCGACGCAUUCAACCGCAAAAGCUGACGCCUUUUAUUCGAACCCCUUCAGAUGUUGCAUGUGCUGUAUUUUGCCCCGGAG